AUGCACAAUGACAAUGCCGUGGAUUUCUACCUUCUCUUACCUCUUCUUUUAGCUCUGAGGAUUCACAAUGCACACUCGGCUCCUGAUUUCUCUCAAUAUCUCCACACCAUCCUAAAAAACCACACAGCUCAUGCUUGUGAAGGAGAAACGCUCAUCAUUGAGUGUCCCUCCAGGACGUCUGUGUCGGUCCUGUCAGCUUUCUAUGGACGACGGGUUCCUAAUCAGUAUCUGUGCCCCUCUGUGAACCCAAACAUCACUGAGGAGGAGGAUUCAGAGUGUGCUUCACCAGUCGCUAUCCAGAAGGUAGUGUCAGAGUGUCAGGAUCGCCGGUCCUGUCACAUCCCAGUGUUCAGUCCAGUGUUUGGCCAGGACCCCUGUCCCCUCACCAGCAAGUAUCUUCUGGUGGCCUACAAGUGCAGACCAGAGCACCACCGUACAAGGCUGGUGUGUGAAAAUGAGCGUAUGAGGCUGAUGUGUAAAAAUGAGACCGUCCUUGCAAUCUACUCCGCCACCUUUGGGCACCUGCUGCACGGCAGUCCUUACUGCCCCCAGGAGCCGGGAUCACAUGCUGACAUGGAGUGUCUGUCCCCUUCAGCUCUGAGGAAGGUGUCCCGCAGGUGUCAUGGCAGAUCUAACUGCUCGGUUCUAGCUGAUAUCCAAACCUUUGGUGACCCCUGCUUCUCCGGCACCAGGAAACACCUGCGGGUGUCCUUCACCUGUGUGCCUCGGUAUCUUCUGGACGACGUUGGUCGCGGGUCAACAGAUCCCUUCAUGAUCUCAGACUACACACACGGUCUUCCUGAGCGAGUAGCUCUGUAUUUUGUCUCUGGCAUCUGUGCUGGUCUGGUUUUCCUGCUCUGCCUGUUUGGCCUGCGCUCCACAGUUGUGAGGGAUGUAAAAGAUCUGGUCUCUGACCUGAACGAUGAGCUGAAAGCAUCACGAAGAAAGCGCAAGGAGAUCAUAGAGGACCUCUUCGACGAUGACAUCUCUGACACGUCAUCCUUCCGCCGCCUCACACAGUCCUACCGCACCGCAGACAUCCUCAGCCCCUCUACGCUGAGUGUAGAGAUGGUCAAGUAUGAAGGGGAGCAGAUGAGGGAGCUGCCCAGUGGAGACAUCUGGCCAGCCCGAGACUCCUGCCCUUACGCCAUUCAUAAGAUCAAAACAACUGAGUGAAGUCCCAUAUACGAGUGACGCUAAAGCAUCCCUCUGCUUUGAGUUAAGUUCUUGGUUUGAAUAAAAAACACAAGUAUACUCUCUGCACUCUGCACAACAAAGAAUGAAAUGGACAAGAUUGGCUGACUGAUCCUGAUUUUAGUCAAAUAAGACAUUUAGUUCUCUGAAUUCUUGACAACAAGUACUUGUG